AUGAGGGCAUCUGUGGCAGCCGACAGGGUAGCUGCAGCAGCCGAGACGGCUGCAGCAGCUGCUGCGACGGUGGCUGCAAACGCCAAGAGCUCUCGAGCUGCUGUCCGUGCCGCCGACGUGGCCCUGGCCCGGGUCGAGGCCAUACACGCCCAGAUCGAGGACGCACAUGCCAAGAUAUUCCAGACCACCUCAGAAUCCAGCAUGCAAACCACGUCUGAAAAGGCGGCGAUAACGCCAUGGAAACGCCUCGUGAGGGCCCAUACGGUGGCCGCGUCCUCCCCGGGCGCUGUCGCCUGUGCCGAGAGCACGGCCACCUACGCCGAGACUGCCGCCGCAUCCGCAUUGAGCGCAGCCACAUCUGCCAUGAGGGCAUCUGUGGCAGCCGACAGGGCAGCUGCAGCAGCCGAGACGGCUGCAGCAGCUGCUGCGACGGUGGCUGCAAACACCAAGAGCUCUCGAGCUGUUGUCCGUGCCGCCGAUGUGGCCCUGGCCCGGGUCGAGGCCAUACACGUCCAGAUCGAGGAUGCACAUGCCAAGAUAUUCCAGACCACCUCAUAA